AUGCUUUACUCCGAAGAGCAGAAGGCUGAAAAUAUGAGCUCGAAAGAAAGAGCACUGUGGAUUUUGGGGCUGCGGCCGAGAGACAGAUUCAGGAAGACGCAGUUGAGCCAGGUUGCCAAACGCCUCGAAACUCUAAUUGAUAGACACGAAGCCGAGAAAAACGUAACAGUUGAAGAACUCAUCGGUCCAACAAAACUUGCGGUUCAGCUUCUCAAAACAUCUCUGAGAGGUUCGCCCAUCAAAAAUGAUCUGGUCAAAAUUGACUCGACAGUUCCAAAAGAAGUUCGGCAAUGGCUCAUGUCGACUUUUACUCCUCCCAAAUCUUCAACCAGAUCUGUCGGGGAGUCUCGCCGAAAAGGGCUAAAAGGAAUCGUCGCGGGAAUCAGCGCCGCAAUUCGAAUGGAAAAACUCACAAUCGGCAAAAACGACCUCGCGGGAUUCACGGACGACAUAAAACGCCAGCUGCAGGAAAUCGCGUCCUGGAACUUUGACAUUUUCGAAUUCGGGAAACUGACUGGAAAUAGGCCGCUGAGAUACAUUCUUUACCAGUCCUUGGCUUCCUUCGACCUUUUGGGCGAUUUCAAGAUAAAGGGUCCUGUUGUCAUGAAUUUCGCCGCGAGAUUAGAGGAGCUGUAUUUAUCCAACAAAAACCCUUACCACAACGAUAUCCACGCGGCAGACGUAACGCAGGCCCUAUUUUCGAUAAUCGAACUGAACGGCGCCCAAGUUUGGUUAGACAAUGUCGAACUUUUUGCCGCAUUAUUCGCCGCUGCAAUUCAUGAUGUCAGUCACACGGGGACGACGAAUAAUUUUCAUAUUAUGACAAAAAGCAACCUGGCGAAUUUAUAUAAUGAUAGAUCAGUGCUUGAAAACUUUCAUCUAACAACUGGAUUCGGAAUUUGUGCAAAAGAUGAGUGUAAUAUUCUAGCUGGGCUGAAUGAUGAGCAAUUUUUCAACUUCAGAAAUAUCGUUAUCGAUAUGGUUCUCGCAACGGACAUGGUUUUCCACAACGAGCACUUGUUCUACCUCUCCGACGCCAAGAGUUCUCCUUCCUUUGCUGACACUACAACCGUCCUUGGUUUCAUGCUCCACUCUGCCGACAUUUCCCACUCUCUCCGACCCUGGAAGCAUCAUGAAAAGAUGGUCGAAUUCCUCUUCGAAGAAUUCUUCCUCCAAGGCGACCAAGAAGCUAAAUCUGGUUUUCCGAUUUCUCCUCUUUGCGAUAGAAAUACGCUGCAUAUUCCAAAUAGCCAAAUAAGUUUUAAUAAAUACAUUAUCGAGCCGACUUUUUCCGCGCUGACGGAAUUUUUCAAGGCAGCUAAUGAGUGUCUUUUUGACGAAAAUGGCAUUUUAUUGGAACCAUCUGAAAAUGGCACUGGUGAUUCAUUACGACCAGGAAAGGAUACGAUUGAGGAAGCUUGCGAGGGUACCUCAUUGUGCCUUCUAGAGCCGCCUUGUGCCGCUUACGGCCGUCCUGUGACUCCUAGUGCCGCUUAG